CUAGAUGUAGGGCUUUAGCCCAAAUAGAAAACUAACAGCGGCCCAAACGAAAACCUGCGUACCAAAGGAAUAGGAAACAACAGAAACGAUGAUGCUAUAAAGAUGCUAUAAAUGGAAGAGGGGAGAGACAUGCUAUAAAUUGAGGACGGGAGAGACAUGCUAUAAAUUGAACUCUAAUUGGGAUUUGCUUUGUUCGCUCACUACACUGAUUCUCCACCAGCUUCGACCAUUGAUCCGACCGACUUGGAGGGCUCCUGUCGGCUGUCGCUCCUCGAAGGCUCGUAGUGGAAGGAUAAGAUUUGGGUUUGUAUUUGUGAGAUUAGGUUCAGUUUCAUCAGGAGCAGCGCCGAAAACAUUACAAGGAUUUUGGUUGGGAUCCUGAUUAUUGUUAUUCCAGUAUCACUCAUACCUUAUUAAUAUCAUCAAGGAUCAUCGGUCGCGAGGAGUAUCAAAUAGCCCUGCAGAUGGCAGCGCCUAAUAACUCUGAUAUGGGAUCUGACUCAAAACCCCAAGUUAUAUACCGAUGUAAGAAAUGUCGAAGAAUUGUUGCUUCAGAGGAGCACAUAGUGCCCCAUGAUCGUGGCGAGGGUCAAAAAUGCUUUAGAUGGAAAAAGAGAAGCAGUGAUCCCCGCGAAAUAAAUAAUUAUCCACCCGAAUGCUCCUCUAUAUUUGUAGAGCCCAUGAAGUGGAUGGAAGCUGUACAAGAAGGCUGUGUGGGAGAUAAGCUUCAGUGCAUGGGGUGCAAAGCUCGCUUAGGUUCCUUCAAUUGGGCGGGUAUGCAAUGCAACUGUGGAGCUUGGAUUAAUCCUGCAUUUCAGCUGCACAAAAAUCGACUAGACGAAUGCCACAUAUGAGCCAAGUUAUUAUGUUGCACGAUAUCAUAGUGAAGCAUUCUAUUGGUUAUGUAAAUAUUAGUUGUUAGUCAUAUUUCUUGGCAUAUGUUUGGAUGAAUGAAUGAAAUUUUCAUGCUGGUAGUUAGUUUUUUUCUACUAUUUCAA